AUAAUGUUGAGGUCCGGGCUCUGGGGAGGCCAAUCCAAGUGUCUUGAUGUGUGUGAGUAGAGGACACCUAAAUGCAGACUGAAAUUACUGCUUCGCAAUCAUGACCAGAAGCUGUAUCCAGGUUACCGGUGCACGAUGAGGAAGUGCUGCAGGGUACCUGUGAAUGAAAAAAGCCUUCCUGUUCGGCAGUUUUAGUCUGGUUUUCUUUCUCUGAAGGCGACUUGGGAGGUGUUCCACUAAAGCACCACUCAGAGGGAGCUGCAGGUGCUUGUUUAGGAGGUAACCCAGGAGACGAAGGAGGGAAAAAACUGACGACUUGUGAGACGAGAACAGAACAACAGCAAGACUGUGCUGGAGCACAGAAGAGUAAAACAUGACAGAGGUGGCAUCGCCCACCUUCCACCUGUGUUCGGUCACCUGUUGACACCUUCAGUAGGAUCAGGAAAUCCACUGCUAUGACCUACCUGGCUCACACAGGCCACGCCCAGUUUGGUGCUCUCGGGCUGGCCUGUUUGGGAUGGAUGCUCACCGGCGUGGCUCUUGGACUGAUCCAGUGGAGGGUGUGGCAGGUAUCAGACAGGGCGGUGAUCACCUCCGGUGUGGCAUGGGUCGGACUCUGGAGGGUCUGCUUCGCCAGCCACACCGUGGUGAGCGAGGGCUUCAAGGUUAUGUACUGCAGGUACAUCAUCCUCACCGAUUCCUUCACGCCACCUGAGAUUGCUGCAGGUCAGGUCCUCAUGCUCCUGUCUCUGCUGGUGGGGCUUUGUGGGAACGCUAGUGGUGUUUACUCCAUGAGGAUCGUCUACUUUGGGAUAGGUAAGACCUCUGCGGUCCGCCGCGGCUUCAUCCUCACGGGAGUGCUGUGCCUCCUCGCUGCUGCGAUUUCGCUCGUGCCUCUCCUCUGGAAUCUGAGCGCUGUGGUGACCAAUCAGACCAUCGAGUUCCCGCCCGAGUUUAAACUCCCCCCAGCACCUGAAUCUCAGCACGUGGGAGGCGGCAUUGGUGUCGGGAUGGCGGGAUCGGUCCUGAUGAUUGUCUCUGGCAUUAUUUUCUGCACAUACCGAUUACCAGAGAGGCCUCUGAGAGAGCAGGUGCACCAGGAAAAUGACACCCGGGGGGAAGAUAACCCCACAUUUGAGUUUCAGGAACACUUGUGAGGAGUUUGUGUGUGAUAAAAUGGACAAAAAAAGGUUUUUGCACAGACUUUACACUCGUUUCUUCCUUUUUAACUCCUCAAAUGUUUACAGUGACUCAUCUAGUUUUAUAAUCUCAAGGAGGAUGACUCAUCUGCUGACAGCAAACACCCAUAACGCCCUCACCUUCAUAUGCUUGAGAAGCAGGAAAAUGAAGAUAACAUGUUUCUUACAAAACAGACAACUCUUUAACUUGUGGUUUAAAAUUGGAGCCAAAAAAAUUUGUGUUCAUGUUCACUGUAUAGACAAAAGCUGUUAAGCUACUUUAAAAACUGCAUUGAUGCGUUAAUAACGCUCAUCUGCUAAAUAGCUGAAUAUAAAUGUUACACAGUGUGCUGAAUAAAUUAUUGUGUGCUGAAAUUAUUUUAUUACACUUCCUUUUCAGAUUACGUCACAUUUUCAAUGUUUUAUUGCACCUCGACUGAAGUAAAUGUGAAAGUGAGAAUACUGUGACGGGGGUCUGUGUGUACAGCGAUACCUUUAAUCUGCAGA